UGUGGUAGCUGUACUCACAUGGCUGCUGAAGUGAAAACCUAGCAGAAGUGAAAACCUAGCAGAAGUUGUUACGUAUGACUUUACUACAAUAUGUAUCGAAUCUGUCGCACCCGUUCAUUCCAUAAUACAUCCAUGGUUCAUUCACAGUCAGAGCAAGAUGGCGGUCCCUACAAAGCAGUACGGGCUGAUCUUGUCACAGAAGAAAGGACUGUCAAAGACCCUGCAGAAACACUCAGUGUUCGAGGAUGACUCAGAUGAUGAGACCACAGUUGGGGAGAGUCUACAGAAAGAAGCUGACAAAAAGAAGAUGAUGAAGCAGACACGUUUGGAGAUGCACAAGGCCCUGGAACAGGACAGCACUGUAUAUGACUACGAUGCUGUGUACGAUGACAUUCAAAAAGAGAGACUUGAGAGCAACAAAAAAAUUCUAGGAGGCACUGACAAAAAGCCAAAGUAUAUCCACCAGUUAAUGAGAGCAGUCGAGGACCGAAAGAAAGAACAGGAACGGAGGGAAGAGAGGAAGAUCCAGAAGGAAAGGGAGAAAGAGGGAGAGCAGUUUGCAGAUAAAGAAGCUUACGUUACCUCCGCCUACAAGCAAAAACUGCUAGAGCAGAAGGAGGAGCAGGAGAGAGAAAAAAGAGAAGCAGCGAUUGAAGCGGCUUUGGACGUGAAGAAACAAAAAGACCUGAGCGGCUUCUACCGGCACCUGCUGAAUCAGACUGUAGGAGAGGAGGCGAUACCGGAUCGCUCAGCAAACAAAGCUCAAAACUCAAAGGUUUCAAAAGACACAGAGAGGACUUCACCUGUUGCCUCCUCUACGUCUCACGACAAUAUCCCAAGUUCAUGCAGCGACAGUGAGGAGGGGCAUGAGCAGAAGUCUGGGUUUAGCAAGCCUGGGGCAGGCUCUGCACACUCAAAACGCCAAUACAGACAGAGGUCGCCUUCAUCAGGGAGCGGAGAGGAGAAGGAGAGAGAGAAGGAGCGAGACAGACCUAAGAAGAGCCACAGAGAUCAAGACAGAGACAGAGGACGGGACAGAGAUAGAGACAGAAACAGGGGAAGGGAAAGAGAUGACAGGCACGGGGGAAGAAGAGACGACAGGGAUAUAAGGAAAGACAGGGACAGAGACAGAGACAGAGGCAGAGAAGAUGACAGAAGCAGAGGCAAGGAUACAGACAGGGAGAACAGGCAUGGGAAGAGGGAGAGGAGCCCUAAAGAAAGAGAGAGGGAUAAGAAUGGGGAAAGAGAGAAGAGGAGGAAUCCAGAUGAAGACAGGCGCAAGGACAAAGAUCAGGAAGACAAGGAAAAAAAGAAGGAAGCAGAGAAGGAGAAGGCAGUGAAGGGGGAAGAAAAAGAUCCAGAAAAGAAGGAAGCAGUCGGAGAACACGGAACGGAAAAAGAAGAACCGAAACAGGAAGGCGAAGAGAAAGAGGAAAUAGAGGAGAAGGCAAACAAGUUUGCAAAGCGCAGCACGGAUCACACUGUGAGUUCGGCGAGAGACAGGUAUUUGGCAAGACAGAUGACACGCUCGACCUGUAAGACUUAUAUAGAAAAGGAGGAGGACUGAGAGCUGUGCAGCACACAAUAUUCAUCUUAAUAUAGAGGGUAAUGUAAUGUCUUUCCUUUUGAACAAAUCCCUUGAAAAGACUAACGAGUUAGUUUCUUCUUCUGUCAAUACUUUCUGAUUUGCCCUGUUACUUGAGCCUAUUUGGUUCUACUGAAGAUGUUUAAGAACAUUCCUCAAACAGGAGUAAAUAGUGCAUUUGUUGUGGACUAUAUUCAGAUACUUGUUAGUAGGAGGAAUUCUAGUCUUUUCAUGGGAUUUGUUAACAAUAAGAAAAAUAUUGAAUAUUGCCAUUCUUAUCCUGUAACUGCUGACUCCACCAGUUACUGCAGUGAGUGGACAUAUUCAAACAGUAGAGCGUGCUCAUGGUCUGUCUUUUGCACUUGAAUUGAUGGAUUUGAUUUAUUAUUGUGAAAUAAGAACACUGACUUGUAAAUAUGAGUUUUGACAGAGUCCCUUGUAACAUCUGCACAGGAAUGAGUGUAAUUUGUCUUAUUGCUUGGUUUGGAAGACUUGUGGAAAGACAUAUGAGCCAGUGAUAUUGUGUUUGAUGGCUUUUGUUUGAGUCUUUCUCAUGUAGACAGUGAUGAGUUAAUAAAAUCAUUUUUGGUCCACAG